CGAAGCACUUGCGCUACUACGCCGCGUUCCACGUGGUACGCCAGCUGGCGCCCUUCACCUCGUACCGGCUGGUGGACGCCCUGUUCUCGCCCGAGAACGAGAGCGCGGCCCUGGUGUACUACGCGGACGCAUGCGCGGCAGCCGCCAGCCGGCUCACUUCCUUCGCACUAGCCAGCUACGUGUUUCAGGACCUGGUACCGCAAGAGCGAAUCCAGGCAGCGUACGACCAUCUGGACGCGCUGAAAACAGGACCGGUGCCGUGACCAGUUCCUGGCUCGCGCAGCCGGACCGUCGCUCGGCCCUCCAGAGGCUCAGCUCCCUCAAGAGCAUGGUCGCCUGGCCUUCCCGCUUUAACGACUCGACCGGCUCAGCCGUGGACCAGUUCCUGGCGCACCUGCCGGACUUCCGGGGCUACUACGUCGAGAUCUAUCUGGACGCCGUCUCGGCCAUACGGAACCGCGAGAUGGCGCAGCUCCUGGACCGGACGCCCGGCUCGAAGGACAAGAUCGCCCGCGAGGAGGACGGUCCCUUCCCCGGGAUGCGUCCCACGGUCCGGUACAGCGCCUGGUACGGCAGUCUCCUGGUCUCGCCCAGCGCCGCGCUCGAACCGCUGUUCUUCAACGGCAGCGACCCUCUGAGCAUGGGCGCCUUCGGACACCUGGCGGCUCACGAACUCUGGCAUGCCGCGUUAGGCGAGAUGCCCCUGGGAGUCGCACCCCAGUCGGACCUAACCCUAGGAGACGAGCACCUCAAAAGGCACCAGUGCGUCGCCGAGCUCUAUGCGAAGGCCGGAGCGUCGAAGCGAGACGCCGCCAAGAGUUCACCCGAGAGCGUGGCUGACGUCGUCGGCCUCGAGGUCGCCUACGCCCUCUACCGCGAAGGCAACGGUUCCUCGCAGCCGGCGGGUGGAGGCGACGUCGGGAACGUGACUGACGUGACGGGAUUCACGGCCCAGCACCUCUUCUUCAUCGCGUCCUGCCUCAAGUGGUGCGCGGCGACGCCCGACUCGCUGUCGAAGACGUCGCUGGGCUACACGACGCCCAGACUGAGGUGCAACGUCCCGGUGGCCGUAUUGAACAGGGCCAGGGUGUUCGCCGAGACGUUCAGUUGCAAGAACGAAAGCAAGAUGGUCCAGAUGGCGGCCGGUCCCAACUGCACGGCCAUCGAGGAGAUGCCGAUGCAGCCGCCCAGGGACUACAACAUUACCGGGUAGUCGCCUCGAGGACGCGAGCGGGUGGGAGCUGGGGUGUCGGGGUCAGUCAUGGGUACCUUCCACAAGACUGCCCCUGUAAACGUUCCCCUGGGGACGUCCCUGGACAAAUAUUUUGCCCCACCUACUCCAACGGUGCCAUCAUGCAUGAAGGCGGUGUUUUAGUGUCGUGCCAUCAGUGCAGAUGCGUUUUACUAGGACUUAGAAUGAUCCGUUGCCGACCAACGGCGUUUAUCUGAACAGUUCUCGCUCGUACGCCACUGCAACGGAAUGGGCGCAACCUGUCGAAUUGCGAGGUCGCACGUCAUGUGCGACGUUUUGUAAAUGCAGUGCGUCGAAUUGACGCAGGCGCCGACGCUUGCCGUUUAAGCGACAUGUUUUGUAGUGGUUUCGCUUGCUAGUGCGAAUAUUAAAGUUUUUGU